AUGGAGCUGCCUUCAAUCAACAGCACCACGAGUAUAUCCGACAACCAGGAGUUGAGAAACUACUACGAUAAGUUGCUGUUCAAGAACAAUAGUGGCAAGUCGCUAGCGGACUUGCCCGGGAAGUUGACAGACCUUAACGACAAGGGCACUGCCGGACACCCGCGCUCCCGGGUUGACUUCAUCAACGGCUACAUCGGGCCCAGAGAGGACAAGCAGUCUCAGUUGGGUCAGCAGAACACCAGGAAAGCGUCAUUUAGCGCCUUUACGGAUGACAGCACGAAACACCACGAGAAUAACACUGGCCGGAAUGGGCCCAACCUGUCUCUAUUCUCAUUCGAGUUUAACGGCACCCCCACGCAGGACAGGAAAGCGUACAGGCAGGAUUACUUGAACGUGAUGACCACUUCGCCCAACAAUCUUCUCUCUCCCUUAAACAACGGUACCCAAAAAGGUUAUCCGCAGCAACAGAGUAUCUUUGAUCCUGGGAGAAGAUCUUCCUACAUUUCUGAUACGCUGAUUCAUGGCAACGCGGCCACUCAGCAGCCGCAAUAUUCACAACAUGUAUAUACCGACAGUAAGCCAUCAUUGCAAGUGCCAUACACUGCUCCGUCCGAGUACCCACAGCACCAUCCGUAUUUAUCGCCUUUCAAUGCUCGGCGCAACACCCAGCCGGCAGUAAACUUGCAUCCGCAACCUGCUGCUGCAAACGACACCGGACUGACGGUAGUCGACGGCAAGAACGUGACGUCGUCCAGGGAACUGCACGACUUGUAUCAUGAUUGCGGGUCCAAUUAUUUUGCCAGUGAGAGGGUUUAUAAAUUCAUUGACAGCAUAAAGGAGACUUUGCGCGGGAGCAGUGCCUCUGCCUCCAGUUCCAGGAUUAUAGAGUUUUUGAAUUUCCUGAAGAAUUGUAAUUUGAACUACAACCCCCAAUCAGAUGCCUUCAUCUCCAACGACGCUGCAAACGCUUCGUCCGGUGCGGCAAAGUCUACCAACAGCACUUCGAUGCAUUUACAUUAUAAGCCCUUGGUGCUGGUAUCGUUGAAAAACGGAAAACUCGAACUGCUAUCCAGGUCACAAACGGCCACACUUGUGCUGAAAAGAGGAGAUUUGGUCAUCAUUGAUGGUGACCGUGGAAAAGAUUUGGUUUUAGUGGUAGAACCCGUCGUAGAUAUAAAUUUGGCGCUAUUCGUCAAUUUCCUGAAGAAAAAAAUUCAUUUCGACUCCUUGAUCACGAACAGUCAACACCAUUUCCCUAAUGAUCAGUUCGUGAGGGCUCUGAUUGACACGACUAAUGGUAAACCGGUUCCGCAUGAACUGAACCCGAAACUGUAUGAUAUCAUCGAACUGACACAGCUGAUCAUCCCUUCGAAACAGGUUCUGAGGUUUGCCACCCCAUGGGAAUCCUCCACGAACCUGCAUAACAAGUUUCAAGACGAAUUGAAGGCUCUCCACAUCGCGCAACUGAAACUAAGGUCUUUGAAUAAUAGCAAUUCGGGCGGCGGACUGAACAUCAAGAUUUUAAAUGCGGAGUUCCAAUUCGAUAGGAAGAAACUGACAUUUUACUAUAUUUGCCAAGAGCGUAAUGAUUUCCGGGACCUGAUUAAAGAACUGUUCAAGUUCUACAAGACGAGAAUUUGGCUCUGUGCCAUACCGAACAAUCUGUCCAUCGAUUCCAAAUUCUAUGAUUCCAACAAGUUCGAGUGGGAGAUGUAUCAGGAUAUGAUGUCCCACUAUUCGAUGGACAACGCGGGGAUUGUCGUGGCCCCUGAACUGAACCGCCUAAAACUGGACGACUUCCAGAUCGGCGUUUACAUGGAGUUGGUAAAGGCUCUGUUUGGCUGA